AUGUCGGUCGCAGCAAUAUUCUCAGAUGCUCAGCGCUCUCUAGUGGGCCAUAAAACAUUGGCGAAACGACUGCGCCGCCUCGAAAACUCUCCAAACUUCGAAGCGCACGUCAAACAAUGCGUCUUCCGACUCCUCGAAGUUGCAAAAUCCGAACCGGCCGGAUCGCGUGUCAUCAAGUUCCUCACGACGUACCUCGCCAGUGAUGACGCCUCGAAUCAGAUCUCUGCCACCAUCCUGUUGGGCAUCCUUCCGUUUCUCUGUGCGAAAGACAAGACAGUCCGAUAUCGAGCCACUCAAUUGACCUGUCAGAUCUUGGGUGUCCUGCAAGCCAUCGACGAUGAUCUGUACAAGGUCAUUAGACACGAGCUGAUCAAGAGAAUGAGAGACAAGGUCCCUGCUAUACGCCUAGAAGCAGUGAUGGCUCUGGGCCGUUUGGUGGAGAGUGAAAUGGAAGAAGGGGAGGACCAAGAUUCAGACGAAGAUGUCGCGCCUGGCUUACUGGACAAACUCCUCGAUGUCCUCCAAAACGAUACCAACGCUGACGUCAGAAGGGCGCUUCUCGUCAACAUUCCAGCCACGCCCAAGACCUUACCCUACCUACUCGAGCGGGCCAGAGAUCGUGACGCUCCAACGAGACGUGCCCUGUAUGCAAAACUGCUCCCCAGACUUGGCGAUUUCCGACACCUGUCCUUGUCUAUGCGGGAGAAGCUCUUGAGAUGGGGUUUGAGAGAUCGUGACGAGAGAGUGCGUGCGGCUGCGGCGCGUCUGUUUAGAGAAUGCUGGAUUGAGAACUGCGCCAGAACCGAGGCCGAGAAAUCUGGGGACGCAAAGGAUGACAAGGAUCCCCACGUUGGCUUCUAUGACCCAAGCAUUCCUGCUCUUUUAGAGCUGCUUGAAAGAAUUGACACUUUGAACACCGGGAACGAGGAUGGCGUUGCUCGUGAAGCGAUGAAAGAAUUCUGGGCUGGUCGACCCGAUUAUCUCGAUGCCGUCGGGUUUGACGACGAAUUUUGGAACAAUCUUACUCCGGAAUCGGCCUUUAUGGCACGCACCUUCAAUGAAUACUGCCAGGCAAAUCAAAACUACCAGGAAAUGGUUCAAGAGAAAAUGCCCGAGGUUACACGGCUGGGGUUUCAUCUCCAGAACCAUAUCAACGAGUUGCUCACGCGGGUCAAAAACGCCAGGGAGUCGGACUCGGACGAAAUGAUCGCACUCCAAGCCGAGCAGGAGUUCAUUGUGGAGCAGCUCUUGUACAUUGCUCAGUCACUGGACUAUACAGAUGAAAUUGGCAGGAGAAAGAUGUUUUCGUUACUGCGACAUGCAUUAUCCAUGGCUGAAUUGCCAGAUGAAUGCACUCGACUCGCCGUGGAAGCCCUACGCCUCGUAUGCAAUCCGGAUGCCGCUGGCGAGCGAGAGUUUACCUCGAUUGUUCUUGAAGCCAUCGCCGAAGUCCACGACAACAUUGCUUCCUCCGACCUCGAAGAUGAAGCUGAGCCAGACGAGGAAGACAGUUUCGUCUCAGCCCGCAGCGAAGUCAGCGGUGACUCGACGCCCAGAAAUGAUCAAGCCAAGAGCAAGCGCAAUAAGCACCUGACGGACGAGGAGCAAGAAGCGAAAGCCAUCAAGGAGAUUGUCAUCAAUAUGAAAUGCCUCCAUAUCGCUCAAUGCAUGCUGCAGAACGUGGCAGGAAAUCUGCAAUCAAACAUCGACCUGCGCACCAUGUUUGACAACUUGGUCAUUCCGGCUGUGCGAUCCCACGAAGCCCUGAUUCGCGAACGUGGUGUGCAAUGCUUGGGAUUGUGUUGUUUGCUUGAACCCAAGCUUGCCGACGAGAACAUGCGGCUCUUCACGCUUUUGCUGAAGAGAGGGCACGAAUCCUUACAAGUCAUGGCGCUACAGAUUCUUUGCGAUAUUCUCCUCGCACGAGGACCGCCUUCGCCAACACACUCCGACUCCCACGAGCAACCAGAGUCCCCUGUCGCCACAACCGAGACAGCAGACGGCAAUCAUGCGCCGAGUGCUACGAUCGACGACCAGAGCAACACACUCUCUGGCCUUCUCUCGCCCUUCAUCAAAGCACUCUCACAAACCUUUGCGGACGAAGUUCGAGCCACGUCCACGGCCAGCUUGUGCAAACUCAUGCUGUGCGGCUUCUAUGUGGGCAACGAGGAACUGUUUGAUCAGAUAGUCGAAAGGGCAAUCCACGGGGCGGCCAAGGGCUGGGAACUGUUGGAGAAGGUGAGGAAUGCCGUUCUCGUGGAUAAAGACCAGAGCAAGGAAAAGAGCGGCGACAAGAGUGGGGAAAAGGUCAAGGAGAGAGAAAAGGGAAGUAUUGGAGUGAGUAGUGCGAGAACGAGCAACGAGGGUGUCGUUGAUGGAGUGGAACGAGUCGUGGGCGAGGGCAUGAUGGAACCUUGA